UUCCAGUAGUUCAGAAUUAGCGUAAUAACUUCGGUUAUUAUUGUGGAAUUAAAACUGAAACUUUUUAAUGUAGAAUUUUAUUCCGUUUCCGGUCGCAGUUUCUAAUUUUCAAUAACUGUCAAAAUUCAAAAUGUUGGCACCGGAUAAGUAUCUCUCUCCAAUGAAACAAAUGACUGGUGCCGAAGAAAACCGACACUUUUUGCGAGCAUUCAUACACACAUAUAGGGACUUGCCAGUGUUAUGGGACACUUCUUUACGGGAUUACACAAAUCGCGAUAAACGCGCUGAAGCAUAUGAACAACUUGUACCCAUAUAUCGCUACCUCAAGCGAGAUGCAAAUGUCGAAGACGUUAAAAAAAAAAUCAACACACUGCGCACAAACUAUCGAAAAGAAUUGAAAGUUGUGGAAAGUGCGCGACGCAAUGGAACCAUUCAUCAUCCACGUUGUUGGACUUUUCUUGAAUUAGAUUUCCUACGCAACACCGAAAAGUUUCUAGCUGUCAAUCCAAGUACACGGGGUGAUUCAUUUUCCGCCUUCAGUGAGAAUUCGCAAACACAAUCCUCCUUUCUGGAUCCACCAGGUUCCACUUAUAAUUUUCGCUCCAUGAUGGGAGCAAACACGGUGCAAUCACCUCCCAAUAUUGCCGAAAUGUUCCAUAAAUCUUUUGGGCACACGCAAAAAUUGGAGCCAGAUCAAACUCCACCACCGUCUGCACCACAAGUGGCAAGUACGAGUACGUCAUCCAAUGGGCACUCUGUAAAUUCAUCAGAUUACAAUCACACAGGACAACAAGCAGAUUCUGUAAUUAGCUCAGCAAAACGUUUGCGUUUUUCACCGGCGAAUGCCACAGGUGGUACCGGUCAAACGCCAGAUGAGUUGCUUAGUAUAGCUUGUGACUACCUUUCCAGUACAUUUCCUGAAGAGGAAUCUAUUGCAAGGACCUGGACUCAUAAGCUCAAACGUUUACAACGUGAGCAACGUUUAUUAGCGGAAAAAUUCAUUAAUGAAAUACUUUUUGAGGCGGAAUCAGGUACUCUACAUCGUGGUUCGGUGCAUAUUAAUAGUUUCGAGCCAUUUGUACGUUUUGAAGAACAAUCAAGUAAUGACCAAGAAAAUACCAAAUCGCAAAGUCCCAGCGUACAUACAUCCACCACAACAAUAUCGCAUGACGGUGAAAUUAAAUCUACUUCGAACGCUGGUGCAUCUGAAAACGGCAAUGCUACCGUUAAUGAAAAUGUAUACGAAAACUAUCAGAACUAAACAUUACUUAAUUACUUACAUAU